UCGUGCGCGACGCUCAUUGCGCGCGCCACCCUUGUCCGCGACACAUAUGACACGCGCCGUUAAUUUUUAAACUUUUUUAAAAUUUUAUUUUUAUGAAAAUGUGGAAAUUUGUGCUGAUGAGCUUGAUUGGACAGUGCGUGGGUGUGAUUUACAAUUUAAAUGAAAGCGAUUACAACCGAAUGCCAGCUUUAUACGCCUUGGAUCCAUUCGAGGCCUGCCUUUUGGAGCCGGGCGGGACGUACUGCUUGGUCGACGCGGAUCUACACUCUGGAGGGAAAUCAGAUCUCAUGAGGAUGAUACGGGGUUAUUCAGAGCACACAAUAAAACACUUCAAUCACACACAGAUACACAGAGGACUAUGUGUUACAAAGACGUGUAAAGAUUUCAUCCAUAAUCGAAGACUAAAUGAAACAGCGGACCUAGAAGUGAUCCUUGAGGCAUGCCUGAACAGUUCAAUAUGGAGGGACUACAAAUUACACGCCACAGUGAAUAAAAUACAGUAUUGUAAUCGUGAAGGUGAGAAAGAGGAGCUGGAUACGAGUGACUAUGUGGUGGCCGCGGUGUAUCUACUGUUGAUUGUGUGCAAUGUAGCCGGAAGCCUCUACGAUGUCUACUUAUGUGAAAUAGAUGGCAAAGGAAAUCCUUUUCUGCUGGCGUUCUCAAUACGUCGCAACUGGCGGAAACUGACAGCGCCGGGAGGAGCGGGCCCGGACCCGAGGCUCAACCGUCUCAAACUCUUCAAUGGCUUGAGAACGAUGACGAUGGUGUGCGUGUUUUUCUCACACAGCGUGUUAAUUAUGUCUUAUUCCUACGUAGAGAACCCACUUUACAUUGAGAAGUCGUACGAAGACCCAUUCAAGCAGAUCCUCUUCAAUGGCAGCCUCGUCACCCACACGUUCUUCGUGAUGUCCAGCUUCCUAUUAGCCUAUAAUCUUCAGAUCUACACCGAACGGCACUCCUUGUCUUGGGGCCAGUGGCCAAAGGGCGUGUUACUGCGCUGGUUAAGAUUAACUCCUACAUACGCACUAGUGCUGGCCACUAUUUCCACAUGGAUGCGCCGAUUGGGCAGCGGGCCCUUGUGGGGCCUAGUGGUCGGUGCGGAGGCCGAGGCCUGUCGACAGUACUGGUGGGCACAUGUCUUGUACAUCAAUAACUAUGUGUACGGGGAUGCCCACUGCGCUCCGCAGGCUUGGUAUUUGGCAGCGGACACGCAGCUAUUCUGCCUAGGCUUGCUCAUCUGUGUGGUGAUCCGAAGCGCUCCCCGGCGCGCGGCGGCGCUGCUUUUCAUGCUGCUGUUGUCUCUGCUGAUCACGGCUGCACACACCUACUGGCAGGAUCUUGACGCUGUUGUCAUACAGUCGCCUGAAAAGUACCGCAACCUCUACGCAACCGACGACACCUUCCGCCUCCUCUAUAUCCGGGGCCACACGAACCUGUCCACCUACACGUUGGGGCUGGCUGGUGGUUUCCUGACGUACUACUGGCAACAGGAGGGGAAAGAUAUGAGCAGAUUUAAGAAAUACAAAUGGAUUGUGUGGCUGCUGUUCCCCUUAGCCGUGGGUGUGAUCCUAUCUGGAGGUCUGUUCUAUCCGGACGGUGCACGAGCGGCGGCGCCUCUCCGUGUAUUGUACGCGGCGCUGUACAAACCGGUGUUUCAGACGUGUGUGGUGCUGUUUAUCAUUAGUUGCGUCUUUAAGCUAGAAGGAGUGUACCGCGGCAUAGUGGAGUGGCGUGGCUGGGCGUGGAGCGGCAGAGUUUCAUACGCAGCGUUCCUGUUACAUACCCUGUUCCAACGUGGUCUCGUCGGCGCAGUUACUGCUCCUGUGCAUAUGACAGAUUACUAUGUGUUGACGGUACUGAGCGCAACCAUCUUCCUGUCAUUCCUUGGAGCUGGAAUCCUCUGGGUGUGCGUGGAGGCCCCUGCCGCCGCUAUCACCAAAGCUGCCCUAACACCCGAUAGGAAAACUUAGAAUGCAAAAAGCAUUUGAGUGAUGGAUUAGUGGUUCUUAAGUGGUUCAUUUGUAUUUUGCUAGGGACCAGCAACUGUUGAAGUAAAAAACCGGACAAGUGUGAGUCGGACUCGCCCAUCGAGGGUUCCGUACUUUAUAGUACUUGUUGUUAUAGCGGCAACAGAAAUAUAUCAUCUGUGAAAAUUUCAACUGUCUAGCUAUCACGGUUCAUGAGAUACAGCCUGGUGACAGACCGACGGACAGCGGAGUCUUUCUUAGUAAUAGGGUCCCGUUUUACCCUUUGCGUACGGAACCCUAAAAAGGGCAGUUCAGGUGCUUUCGGGGGCCACAGGGUCCUUGGGUCAAGAACCACUGUGAUAUAUCGAUAACAAUUAAUCACUAAUUAAUUAUAUAGAUAUAAAGACAUUGUGAUGUAACAUAAGUACAGGGGAUUUUUUAUUAUUUUAGUGAUUAAUUGUUUUGUGAUUAUAUAUAUGGUGCAAUUUCUAAAUCAUUAUAACAAAUGUGACUCCUUGAAAUAAAGUCCCAUUUUACGUCGUAUUGAGACAUUUUUUUAUUUAUAAUAACAAUAUACAUAAUGGAUAUUAUCAUGGCGUUUUAGAUUAUCUGACAUUGUCAUUUCUGUCAUCUGUCAUACACUAGUCACUAGAUGGCGCUAGUAGCUGUCGCUAGUGGAUGCGUUCAGUUUAUACGAGGCCGUGCCGUACAGUUGCAAUCGUGGCCCACAAAUGGUCUCGUCGGAAGAUCAG